GUGAGCGCCGGGGCAAGGCAAAGCCGCCUCCUGCCUCUCCUGCCACCUGAGCGCCGUUACGGGGGCGCCCCGCGACGGAACGGACAGGUGCGGUCAACCCACCCCGCCCCACCAGGCACCACCGCCGGGGCGGAUAAACAAACCCAGCGCCCCCGGCUCACUGUCCUCUUCAUUCGGUUCCUCUUCCUCCUCCCUCCCCUGCCCCUCCUCCUCGUCUCACCUUCCCCGCCUGGUCUUCGCGUGCGCCGCGGCGGCCGUGGCCCGUGGAGGACGGACAGCCCGGGGGACGCUCGGGGCUCGUGCCGGGCGCACUGAUCUGCGGCCUGCGUGUCCCCGGUGGCGGGGCGGGCCGGCAUCGGCUUCGAGGAAUGAGCAGAUUGUAGCAUCUGUUUCUUCUGCAUAUGCACUUUGUAUUGUUGAUAUCAUUUCAAAGGAGGCCAUAGUCUCCUGGAUUUUGUAUGCCUUGUUAUCUGGAAUUGGUUACCGUAGAUGUCAUUUCGUAGCAUCGUCCGUGAUGUUAGGGAUGGCUUCGGUAGCUUGUCCAGACGCAGCUUUGACGUGACCCUCGCAAGCAUUUAUGGCCUUACCGGGCAUCACAAAAGGAGGACCCAGAGCUCAUCGCAUGAACUCGAUGACUCGCCUUCCAUAAUCCGAGAAAGCCGCUGGGCAAGCCUACCUCCUGAACUCAUCCGUGAUAUAAUACGGAGACUCGAGGCUGAUGAGAGUACCUGGCCAGCACGGAAGCAUGUUGUUUGCUUUGCAGCUGUUUGUAGGACAUGGAGGGAAAUGUGUAAAGAGAUUGUGUUGAGCCCAGAGUUUUGUGGGAAGCUCACUUUCCCUGUCUCUCUAAAACAGCCUGGUCCUCGAGAAGGAAAUACAAUGAUUCAAUGUUUUAUAAAGAGGAAUAAGUCAAAAUCCACCUACCAUCUCUACCUGUGCCUUAGCAAUGUUGUUACUUCAGAAAGUGGAAAAUUCCUCUUAUCGGCUAGAAGACACCGCAAAGCCACAUGCACAGAGUACACUAUAUCAAUGGAUUCUGGCAGCACCUCAAGAUCAAGCAGAACCUACAUUGGAAAAAUAAGGUCGAACUUCCUUGGCACAAAAUUUUUAAUUUAUGAUACACAACCCCCCUAUAAUGGGGCUGUAGUUCCUCCUGUUGGAAGGACCAGCAGGAGGUUCAACUCCACAAAAGUCUCUCCGAAGUUGCCUUCUGUUAGUUACAACAUCGCUCAGGUGUCAUAUGAGCUAAACGUCCUUGGAACGAGAGGUCCAAGGCGGAUGCGUUGCAUCAUGCACUCCAUACCCGCCUCAUCAGUGGAGCCAGGUGGCAUAGUACCAGGACAGCCAGAGCAGAUUGUACCUCGCGCUUUGGAGGACUCAUUCCGCAGCACAGCUUCCUUUUCGCAGUCAUUCCGUAGCACCACCUCACUGUCCAAGUCCAUCAUGGACUCAUCCAUGGAUUUCAAUAGCGCUCGCUUCUCAGACAUUGCUGGCAGCAGUGCUCGAUUCUCUGGCAUUGGCAGCAGUGCUCGUAUCUCGGGCAUUGCUAGCGGCAGAUUGGAUCACGACGAGGACAGUGAAAUCAAGGAGAGACCACUGGUUCUUCGUAAUAAGCCACCUAGGUGGCAUGAACAGCUGCAGUGCUGGUGUCUCAACUUCCGUGGCCGUGUGACAAUCGCCUCUGUGAAGAACUUCCAGCUGAUUGCCGCAACAACUCCACCCGCAGGUGCUCCAACUCCCUCGCAGCCUGCUCCAUCAGAUCCUGACAAAGUGAUUCUACAGUUUGGAAAAGUGGCAAGGGAUAUGUUCACGAUGGACUAUCGCUACCCGCUCUCGGCUUUCCAGGCAUUUGCUAUCUGUCUGAGCAGCUUUGAUACAAAAUUGGCCUGUGAAUAAAUGGAGAACAAAGGUAGAAGGAGAACGCAGAUGCCCUGGCAAUAGGCCCUCGGUAUCUCUUUGCUUUUUCCAGUCGUGUUAUCUUGCUUGUAAUUGUUCUUGCGUGCUUGCUGUAGCCAUGAAGUGGACAUAUGUGGGAUGCAUGUAUUGUUGGCCCCCUCUCCCCAAUUGAUUACAAGUUCCAUUAGGACCACAUGUUACCCGAUCUGUAAUAUACUUCCAGUGGCAUUGCCACAUGAUAAGAAAGUUCCCACUGGUGGUUGUACCUGCAUGGUUUCAGAAAAGAUGGCAGCAAAUAAAGCUCGGUACAGUGUGCA